UUUAUACGUGUCGGGGGGCGGAGCUUCCAGACGGCCCUAGCAGCAUGGCCGCCGGCGCCGCCGCCGCUUUAGCGUUCCUGAGUCAGGAGAGCCGAGUCCGGGCCGGGGGGGUCGGGGGUCUGCGGGUCCCGGCUCCGGUCACUAUGGACAGUUUUUUCUUCGGCUGUGAGCUCUCCGGCCACACCCGCUCUUUCACCUUCAAGGUAGAGGAAGAGGAUGAAUCGGAGCAUGUGCUGGCGUUGACCAUGCUCUGCCUCACCGAGGGGGCCAAAGAUGAGUGUAAUGUGGUAGAAGUCGUGGCCAGGAAUCAUGACCAUCAGGAGAUUGCAGUCCCUGUGGCCAAUCUCAAGUUGUCCUGCCAACCCAUGCUCAGUUUGGAUGACUUCCAGCUCCAGCCACCUGUAACCUUCCGCCUGAAGUCAGGUUCUGGCCCUGUGCGCAUCACUGGGAGGCACCAGAUUGUUACUAUAAGCAAUGACGUUUCUGAGGAAGAAGAGAGUGAAGAAGGGAGUGAGGAGGAGGAAGCUGAGUUGUGCCCCAUCCUACCUGCCAAGAAGCAGAGGGGCAGGCCCUAGCCUUGGUCAGCUAGCUGCCUGCUACGUGUGCCAUGCACUAUGUUCCUGUACAAGUUUCAAGAAAUUUAAAUGUGUCUUCUCCGUUGAAGAGGAGGGAUGGAUGGGUGGGUGGGUGGGGUCUUGGGCUGGUGCUUGGAGAGAGGGUGGUCCUAUUCUUCAUAAGGGCCCUGGUGUUUCUCUAAUCUUAUGCCAUAUCUGGGGCUUCCCUUUUCUCCAGGAGUGGGAGGAACUCUGAACUUCACUCCUGACCCUCUCUCCCCACUUGCCUGUGAGAUUGGAGGUCAGCAUCUGAAGCUCAGGACUACACAUUUUUAAUACUUUUUACAUUUUUGGAUAAAGGCUGUAAUAAAGUGAUGUGGAGGUUUUUUUGCAA